GAAAUUUCGUGAGUUGCCAUUUGUCAAAUUAAAUCGAUGAUUUUUUUAUUCCUCCGUGUAACGAUGGUGGUGAAACGUGUCUUUACUGUUUUCAAAUCUUGUUUUUGUACAACUUAUUCUCCAAGUCGCUGUGUUAUUACUGCUGUAACUAAGUAUCUGAUCGAUAUGGUUUGGUUUUCGAUCUGAUGGAGUCUCAAACUUUUCACUAUUGCUUCUAGUGAUCAGUAUGUAUAAAAAUGGAAACCUGUUGUCUGAUUCUGCUUGUAAUGUGUAUUUUAUGUUGUCAAAGACACCAUUGAGCAAAUUGUCAGUACUUCUCAGUAAAUUGUUUUUGUUAAUAACAAAAGUAUCAUCAUCAUAUCGUAUCCAUGUUUUCGGAUAGAUCAUUGGUAAGACUGCAGUUUUCAGCCACUACAUAGCUGCUGCGGUAAUUAUUCGGGAUAUCAUCGGAGUCAUUAUACUGGAAUAAAAAAAUACGUGGUGUAACUAUGUACAAAGUAUCCAUUAUUUUAUAUAAACAACACAGUAACUUUUGAAUAACUAGCUCAUAAACUUUUAAUUUUGAAUUGUUUAUCUGAUAUUUUUCUAUGCAAUAAAACCAAUAUCAUGCUAAUAGUUAUUUCAUUUCAUGAUCACAUUUACAAUCUUUCAGCUGCUAUUCAGAUGUUCUCUAUAUGUGCACGAGAACUUAAAUUGUUGAAAAUACCGAAGUAAUAGUUACUAAUAUAAUGAGAUAUUAC